AUGCUGCAGAGACCCAUUGCUACGACCGCCAGUUCCUGGGGAAGUAACCUGCCAGUAGCGAAUUGUAAUGACGCUCUCUCCAUUAUAAAUGUCAAGAUCGGAGGUCAAUUGCUGCCGGUAAUGAUUGACACUAGCGCCUCGGACAUAUGGGUCGAGUCCUCUCGUUGUGACGAGACGUGCAAAUCUUCCAGUGACAGUCGAUACGACGCCUCCCAAUCAUCUACUUUCCGACCAGUAGAGGCAGCCAAAUCGGACUUUCAAUAUGAGUACCUCGACGAUGUCACCAUCAAAGGUACUCAUGCAUACGAGACUCUUACACUGGGAAAUAUCGAAAUCAGUAACCAAGUUUUCGCCCAGGCUUCAUCCACGGUGAACUUGGAAAACUUGUGCGACGAAGUCGGAUUGCUGGGACUUGGCUUUAGUGAUGCCUCUAGCCAAGAGUUUCCUGCCCUUCUCAGCAAUUUAGAAGAUCAGCAAAUUACCAUGUUCUCUCUGUAUUUAGCCGAUCAUAACGACUACCAGCUUUAUAUGAACCAAGCAACCCAGCGUAAAGAAGCAAUUCCUCAGCAGCCACCAACUUCUACCGCAUCGGAGCUCACCUUUGGCGGAGUGAACCCCCAGCGAUACAUAAACUGUCUAAUAUGGCAUGAACUCGGUCAGUUCCAAGCGACGGGAACCUGGAGUUUUGCUCUGGACGGAAUCAAGAUUGGGUCGACAGAAGUACCCUCUUCCAGUCUAGCAACGGUGGACUCCGCUACCGCUGGUAUCAGCGGCCCACAAGAAACGGUAGGGCGUAUC